AUGGCGGCCUUCUCCCCCGAACAGCUCGAGGCGUGUCUGCUGCAGCUCACGCACCCCGACACGGAGCAGAUCAAACAGGCCGAGGCGGUGCUCAAGACGUACACGAAGCAGCUCGCGUCCGUCGGCGGUCUGCUCACCCAGCUCCAGCUCUCGGCCAAGCCCGAGGUGCGCCAACUGGCCGCCCUCAUGCUGCGCAAGAAGGUCUUCAAGCACUGGCCCAAGCUGGACGCGGCCGCGCAGGCGCAGGCCAAGCAGGUGCUGCUCAGCCGCGCGGCCGAUGAUCCCGUGCACGUCGUGCGGUCGACGGUCGCUACGCUCGUCGCCGCGCUGGCCCUGCACGAGGUUCCUGCGGGCAAGUGGCCCGAGCUCAUGGUGUUCAUCAGCACGUGUGCCAACAGCGCCAACGUGGACCAGCGCGAGAUGGGCAUGAAGCUGCUGCAGCUGCUGGGAGAAGGCAUGGGCACGUCGCUCCAGCCGCACUUUCACGACCUCAAGCAGCUGUACGCCACAGCGCUGCAAGACUCGGAGAACCUCAAGGUCCGUGUGGGCGCCAUGCGCGCUGCCUGCAGCCUCGUGGACUUUCUAGAAGAAGCCGACCUCCGUGACUUUCGGGACCUCGUGCCGCUCAUGAUCACGGUCUUGCAGCAGUGCGUGUCCAGUGGGGCCGAGGCCGAAGCCGUCGAGUUCAUGGACGUGUUCUCGGAGAUUGCGUCGCACCCGUUUCCGAUUCUGGAUCAGGCGUUCCCGCAGUUCAUUGAGCUGUUGCUGCAGAUCAUCUUGGCAGAGCAGCUGGAAGUGAGCACCCGUGCGUCCGCUAGUUACGCUAUCGGGGAGUUCAUCAAGAAGAAACCAAAGACCAUUGGCAAGAAGAACCUGGUGUCCAAGAUCUUCACCACCAUGCUCGACAUUGUGGCUGCCGACGAGGCUGUGUCUUGCGGUUUGAUUUCCAACCUGCUGGCGCGUGAAAACAAGGCCGACGGCGAGGAUGACGAUGAGGAUGACGAGUCCCCUGGACACCUGGCUCAGCAAACGCUGGAUUCGCUGGCACUGAGUGUGCCUGCAAAGUACCUGAACCCUGUGGUGUUUGGCAUUUGCAACGAGUGCAUCACGUCGCAAGACGCUCGCAAGCGCAAGGCUGGUGUGCUGGCCCUGGGCAUUAUGUCCGAGGGCUGUUGCGAAUUCAUGUGCCAGAACUUGAACGAGUUGCUGCCCGCUGUGUACCGCGUCGCACAAGAUGUGGACCAGCACGUUCGUGAGGCUUCGUGUUUUGCCCUUGGUCAGUUUGCCGAGUUCCUGCAGCCGACGAUUACCGACCACUACACGGACAUCCUGCCGAUCGGUCUGACUUUGCUCGACAAUGCGUCCAAGGUGAUCAAAGCAACGGCUCUUUACGUGCUUGAUGAGAUCACACAGAGCAUGGAGAGCGAGCAGGUGUUGCCGUAUCUGGAAACGCUGAUGACCAAGCUGGUGGAUGUGCUCCGCACGGGCUCGCCCCAGCUGCAGAAAAUGGCGCUCGAUGCCGUCGGAUCGAUUGCCAUUGGUGCCAAGGAUGCGUUCUUGCCGUAUUUUCCGUCGGUGGCUGAACUGAUCCAGCCGUUUUGGGGUAUCACGGACCCGAAGUUCUUCUUCCUGCGCGGCGCUGCCAUUGAGUGUCUAGGCUACCUCGCCACUGCUCUGGGCAAGGAGCCGUUCCGCCCGUACUUUGCACCUUCGAUGCCGUUUGUGUUCUCGUCAAUCGAGCUCGACGACUCGGAGCUGAAAGAGCAGGCGUUCGUGUACUUUAUCAACGUCUCGAGCAUUUUCAAGGAAGAGUUUGCGCCGUUCCUGGAUCAGGCAGCUACUCACGUCUUGCAGGCCAUUGUGAGCGAUGAAGGUCUGCGUGUGAUGGACGACGAUGAUGAUGUGUUGGAAGGACUGAACUCGGAUGAUGAAGCGGAAACCGACGAUAACGUGCUGCGCCAUAUCAGCAUCCGCACGGACGCCCUGAACUCCAAGGUUCGCGCUGUUGCGGCUGUAGAGGAGCUUGCGCUCAACUGCGGUGGCCCUGUGUUCGAGCCGUAUAUCCCAAAGUUCCUCGAGGCACUUGCUCCACUUACGGAGUACAUCCACGAGGACGUUCGUGGUGCAGUGGCCGAAGCUCUGGCUGCGCUUGUCAUCUGCUCGUUCGAGGCAUCGCACGCCUCGAGCGGCGACGUGCAGAUUUGGACGAAGGGUGACUUCAACAAGAAUAUCUUGACGCCCAACAACGCUGUGAUCGCGUCUGCCGUGAUGAAGAGUCUCGUAGAAGAGCUGCUCGAAGACCCUGAGGCGGUUGUGGUCGUGAAAGCGUUCAAUGCUGUGAAGGCCAUGAGCGCCAGAGUCGGCCCCGUCGUGACCAUGGACCACAUGAACGAGCUCAUGCGUAUCACGAAGACGGUGCUUUCCCACGAGCACGUCUGCCAGACGACCCACGAAGAAGACGAGGACGACGACGAAGAAGAAGAGGGAGGCUCUGUACUGGAGAGCGCGUCCGAGUUGAUUGGCGUGCUGGCCAAGUGCUACGGUGAGCACUUCCUGGCCACCUUCCAGGAGCUGUUUCCAGCUCUCAUGUCGUUUGCCACUGGUCUCCGCGCUGCGCGUGACCGUGCGGCUGCUGUGGGCUGCUUUGCUGAGGUGCUCCGCGAGCUAGGUCCCGGCGGUCUGGGGUUUGUCGAGACGGUCUUUCCAGUGGUCCUGCAAGGCCUUGCGUCGGACAACUACGUGCUGAAGGCGAACAGUGCUUUUUGCAUGGGUGUCCUCGCGGAGAUCAGUGGCGACAAGCUCGCGAGUGCGUACGAGCAGAUGCUUCAGGCCUUGCGGCCGCUGUUCGAGACUGCCGACAACGAUGAAGUGGUGGUUGACAAUGCGUGCGCUGCAGUGGCUCGCAUGAUCAUUGCUGGUGGGGCCAGCGUGCCUCUGGAAGCCGUACUUCCCGUGUUCUUGAGCGCUUUGCCGCUGAAAGCUGACAUGGACGAGAGUCCCGUGUGUUUCCAGUGCCUGAACGGCCUCGUGAGCUCGCAGAACCCCGUGGUGCUCAAUUUGAUGCCGCAGGUGCUCGACGUGUACGCCAAGGCCUUGUCGCCCACGUCGAUUGUCGAGGAGGAGACACAGACGGAAGUCAAAGGGUGUGUGCGUGGUCUGCUGCAAGCGUACGAGGCUCAGCUGAAGGAGAUUGUCGCGCAGAUGAGCCCCGACGCGCAGAGUGCGCUCGGCUCGGCCCUCCACUGA